AAGUUGAGUAAAGAUCGAUCAUUAAAAGUAGAGUAUGAAAAGAUAGUUAAAGAUCAGCUUGCCAAUGGCAUCGUAGAAAAAGCCCCAGAAAAGCCAGCAGGAAAACGUACAUAUUACAUGCCUCACAAGCCUGUGAUCAGGGAAAACGCAACAACAACAACAACAACAAAGAUCAGAAUGGUUUUUGAUGUCAGCGCUAAACCAGCCCCAUUGGCUAACAGUAUUAACGAAUGUAUGUUCACUGGACCGUCCUUGCAACCACUACUUUGGGACAUCUUGAUCAGAGCGCGUAUGACACCAAAUCUACUUCUGGCAGAUAUCCAGAAAGCCUUUUUGCAAAUUGGUGUUAAGGAAACGGACAGAGAUGCUUUUCGAUUCCUGUUCGAAAUCGAUGGAAAAGAGGAACAUUUCCGGUUUGCAAGAUUACCAUUCGGCGUCGAAGCCAGUCCCUUUCUGCUUGGAGCAACGUUGGGAUACCACCUUGAGCAACAGCCGACAAGAUUUGAGGAAACUGUGACAGCUCUUAAAGAGAAUACAUAUGUUGAUAACAUCAUGAAAACUGGAAGCGAUACUGACGACUUGAGGAAAUUUAAAGAAGAAAGCUCCAUAAUUCUUGAGGAUGCCAAAUUCCCAAUCCACAAGUGGGAAUCAAACAUCGCGUGCCUCGAAGACGAAAACAUGCCAAACCCAAGUAAAAUACUCGGACACGUCUGGGAUAAACAAGAAGAUACAUUAGAAUUCGAAGCAGCAACCAUGCCUGAGAACCAACCAGUAACAAAGAGGAGCAUUUUGAGUCGGUUAGGAAGAGUCUACGAUCCUUUGGGAAUGGUAUCGCCUACCAUGGCUGAGGGUAAGCACAUAUUUCGAGAUGCCUGUGAAGAAAAAAAAGGUUGGAGCGCUGAAGUGUCAGAAUCCUUGAAAAGAGAGUGGAUCAAGUGGAACAAUCAAAUGAAGAAUGUUAAAGUUCCUAGAGCUAUAACUAAGAAAUCGGACGUGAUUGAAGGCAUUCAACUCCAUUUGUUUACAGAUGCUAGUAACCUUGCUUGCUGUGCAGCAACAGUCCCAGUGGUAGAGCACAAACCAGGAACUGUGAAAGGUCUGUUAACGUCCAAAUCUCGAAUUUCCAAAAAGAACACCACAAUACCGAGGUUGGAACUUGUGAGUGGUCAAAUGGCGGCGAACAUGGCAAGGAAUUUAUAUCAUGCGCUACUGCGAUUGCCUGUUAAGUCUAUCAUCAUCUGGGUGGACAGUAUGGUCGCGCUUUACUGGUUAAGUAACCCUGGAAAGCCUUGGAAGACUUUCGUCGCUAAUAGAGUUAAGAAGAUAGCAGAAAUUACCAACGAGAUUGGUUUGGUGUGGAAGUAUUGUCCAUCAAGUGAGAAUUUGGCGGAUCUAGGCAGCAGGGGAGCUACAAUUGAGAAAAUGGUAAAAGACGGAUGGUUCACUGGUCCUGAGUGGUUGUUACAUGUAGAACAGUGGCCCAAACAACCCCAGCUUAAAGUAACUACACACGUGAGCGAAGAGAGCAAACCCAGCAUGGUGGAGGUCUUUUUUACCAAAGAACGAGAGCCUGAUGAAUGGGAUGCGCUGCUGGAAAGAAGUUCGUAUUGGCGCACAUUAAGAGUUACAGCGUGGGCACUGAGAUUCCUGCACAAUUGUUUGGCGAAACGGCGUAAAGAGAAAAGAAAAUCUGGGCCCAUCGGAAACGAAGAAAUCGUGAAAGCAAAGAAUACAUGGGUGAUAAGGAUUCAGAAAAAUAUUAACCCAACUCUACAAGCACCUGGCUGGAAAAUCUUCGAAGAUAAGAACACAAACAUUCUCAAAUGCAGGGGAAGAGUUCGGGGAUAUACUCCAACAUUUGUCGAAAGAGGAUUGUUUGCAGAGAAGCUUAUCACACAUACACACAAUCAAAUUAUGCACCUAGGCGUUGCAAAUACAAUGGCCGCCUUGCGAGAAAACUGGUGGAUCCCUCAACUAAGAUCGAAGGUAAAGAAGGUGAUAAAAAAUUGCAACGUUUGCAAACUGUACUCCACGAAACCAUACGGAGCGACAGCGACAAGUAACAUGCCUAAAUUUAGAACUGAGACCAGCAAGCCAUUUGAGAUCACUGGCGUGGAUUUUGCCGGACCGUUAAGGUACAAGGUCAACAAAAAGGAAGAAGGAAAGUGUUACGUUCUAAUCUUUACUUGCGCUGCAUGCAGAGCCGUUCAUUUGGAACUAACUAAAACUCAAGAAGCUGGUGAAUUUCAGCGAAAACUUAACGCAUUUAUUGCACGUAGAGGAAGACCUCGCUUGAUGAUUUCCGAUAAUGCUGCUACUUUCAAAGCGACUGCAAAGUGGACUAAGCUAAUUCGAAAAAGUGAGAAGCUUCAGGAUUUCCUCACAACCCAAGAUAUCUAUUGGAGAUUUAAUCUGGCAAAGUCCCCAUGGUGGGGAGGCAUCUACGAGAGGCUGAUUCGUGAAAUCAAGAAAACCUUAUACAAAACCUUGGGAAAAUCACACCUAUUCUUUGAAGGUUUGGAAUCGGUCGUAUUGAACAUCGAAAGCAACAUGAACAACCGUCCGUUAACUUACGUAGAAUGUGAUGGUGGGGAGGAACAAGUCCUGACGCCAAACAUACUCAUUCGGGGAGAAAACUCUUACAUGUUCGACGAUGUUGAAGAUGAAGAAGACGAGCUAACCAAGAUGCAAAGAAGACUUAGAAAAGCAAAAGAUGAUGCAUGGAAACGAUGGAAGCGGGAAUAUGUGCAUAGUUUACUGGAGAGCCAACGAGUCAAUAACAAGGUUGUCGAAGCACCACAGAUUGGAGACGUUGUCCUGGUAGUGGGAGAAGAGAAGAACAGGGGAGAAUGGAAAAAAGGGAAAGUGCUUCGACAAGUUCGUGGAAAAGACGGUGUAGUCAGAGGAGUUGUGCUGUUGCACAAAGGGCAUACUAUUGAACGACCACUGCAGUUGAUCUGUCCGCUUGAGAUUCACUGCACACCAAACGAACGACACAAAGAAGUUGAAGAAAAGGAAUCGGAGAAAGAAAAGAGACCUCAGAGACAAGCCGCAAAGAAAGCAAUCAAGAAAAUAAAUGAACUAACGCAGUUGGAAGAGGACUGAACAUUUAAUAUAUACGUUGAUAUUCGGUUUUGAAGCUAUAAAAAUUAAACUUUAAUUUUUAGGGGAGUGUGUACGGAAUAGUGGACCCCCCCAUAUAAGUGACGUAAGCAUGAUUGACGUUUGUAUAAAAGAAACAUUAAGAGCAUGUUGAUGGGGGGUCGUUUAUUAUUAGAUUAUGAGAGACGAGACAAAACAAAACAAGUGAUUUGUGAGCGUGAGAAUUCUAUAUUUUUAUACAAAUAAAUGUAAUUUGUCUUUGUGAUUUCUGUGGUUAUAUACCUGUUUACAAUUUAACAAGAGAAGUUCGGUAUAUAAGUGACGACCCCCCAUCAACAUGCUCUUAAUGUUUCUUUUAUGCAAACGUGAAUCAUGCUUACGUCACUUAUAUGGGGGGUCCACUAUUCCGUACAGCGUGCUAUGAUUUCUCCAGAGUCCACUCGACCCAGUCUUUCGCGCGAUCUAUGUAUUGUCGAGAUCUAGGUUUUGUGUCUGUUUGUCAGGAUUUCGUAAUUCCGGGAAAAUAAUUAAAGCUUCAGGAAGUUUUUCUAAACGAGGGAGCGGUCAAACUUUGUUUUGUAUUGCGCACGCAUGAUUCUUCUCAGGUCUCAGGAUUUCAGUUACGAGCAAUACGAGCUUAUUUACAUGCAGUUUGUUGGAUUUUCACGAAUAAAUCAGGUGAGGAUGGCUUUAUAUCUUUCUGGUGAUAUACAUGAAGGCAUUUAUAUUCACAUGCUGUUUAGUGUUUGAUACAGUAUAGAGGUAUUGAAACAAUAUGAUUUAAUAAAUUUAUGGUCAUUUAUCGGCAGUUCAGUAAUAGCCCAAUGAUCUAUUCGUUAAUAAUGUAUUAUUUAUACAAGGAGUCAAAAUGUACUUUUGGUUUAUUUGUUUGUGUGGCGAUGCAUGGCGUAGAAUUCGCGGUCAUAAACGCUGUAGAAUUUCACUGGAAUACUUAAGGUUAUAAGGCGUUUUUUGACUAAAGAAAGCACCACCUGAAAAUUGUACUGUAUCUGAAACAGAAAUAUGAGGCUUACCUAAAGUUAUCAAAAAGUGAUUGGCUUCUGUUCCCUCGGGAAAUAGUUAGUUUUGUUUUCCCUCGAAUCUCAAUGUUUCCUCGACUUCGUCUCGGGAAACAUUGAGACUUUCGGGAAAACAAAACAAACUAUUUCCCCCGGGAGCAGACAUUAAAUGUAUAAUAUAGGCUGUGCAAAUCAAAAUUUAAUACCAAUAGCUAUAGGCAAAUGUCAUGAAAUUUUACAUAUUGUUAAAAUCUAAAAACAAACAUGUCAUAAUAAUUCGUUUUUAAAACAAUUUUCCGAGACAUACAGCACUACAGGGUGUAUAAAAAAAACUGAACAGAUUUGAAAUUGCUCUCAAUUUUGCAAAACAGCUCGUGGUAUCACGUUUUUGUUAUAUAUAGAUUCCUUGAGUACCCAUAAUGUAGAAUAAUUGUGUAACUCAAAUAACUCAAAUUGGGUAAACCAGGGGGGUGUUUCUUUUCCAACAAACUAAAAAUGGCUUGCGCACGAAAUUUAAAAGCUUUAAUCGUAUUUUGAGUUAAUGGAUGGAAAAUUUGUUGGGUUUUUAUUAAGCCAUUUAACUAUUCAUUUUUCCUAAAAAAUCAGCCUUUCGCAUGCAAGCCUUUACCUAAUUUGCAUAUUGCUGACAUAAGGGACCGGUCAUAAAGUAACUGCUAGGGUGGGCCGGAGUGAUUUGGGAUGGGCCAUGUAUAGUAAUGUACGUCUAUUAAUCAUUAACGCACGUAUUACGAUUAGUUUAUAUUUAGAAUAUGGACAUUAUAUAUUCAGUUGUUUAUAUGUAGCCGAAAUAUCAAGAAGUCUAUUAAAUAAGAGAAUAUUAUAAUGGCGACGAAGAUAAAGUAGAUAAACGUAUUCUAUUAAACGAAACGAUGGUGGAAGAGCAGGCAGAGCCUCAACCACUACAGCAACCGGCUGUACAGAUCAUGCAAUCUGUAACAAUAAAUUCGAAAUGUAUAUAACCGCAAGUGGAAUAACGGAUCCAAAGCGAAAACGUGCACUCUUGCUAUAUCAAGCCGGACCGAGAGUUCGCGAGAUUUUUAAACAAAUCCCCGAGACAGGAACUGAUACGGACUACGACAUCGCGAAACAGAAAUUAAAGGCUUACCUCGACCCUCAAAAGAAUCGGCGGUACGAAGUUUAUCGUUUUAGACAAACAACUCAAGAACACAAUGAGACAUUAGAUCAAUUUCACACCAAACUUAGAACAAUAUCAGAAACCUGUGAAUUCGCAGACGUUGAAUUUGAAAUCGAAGAACAAAUCAUUAUAGGCGGAAAUUCAUCAAAAAUACGAAAGCGAGCACUGCGUGAUCCUACAUUUGACUUAAAAUCAUUGCUUUUAGAAGGACGUCGUGACGAACAGAGCAAGUAUCAAGCUGAACAAAUUGAAUCUAAAGAACAAACUGACGGUGAGGCUAAUAAAUUAGAACAAAAACCUAACAACGGUAAUUUUUCGAACAGUAGUAAUGUUAUUUGCAGAAAUUGUGGGCGUGCUUAUCCACACACAGGGGCAUGUCCAGCGAAAGGAAAAACCUGUAAUAAUUGUGGAAAACCGAAUCAUUUCGCUGCUGUUUGUCGAGGAAAACCAAAACAAACGCGAUCACCGAGAUACACAAAUAAAAAGCAUGCACAAAGAAAUUUAAAAACAUUAGAUACAGGAUCAAACACGAGUUCCGAUGAAGACUAUUUAUAUACCAUGACAAAUACAAAGCACAAUAACAAGGUCAAUGUUAAAGUAGGCGGUGCCAAAUUUCAAACAACAAUUGACAGUGGCGCGACAAUAAAUGUGAUCGAUCGUGUGACACUUUUAACAAAAUGCAAGACAUAA